UGUACAUGUAAAUAAUUUAACUAGUGGAUACCUGGAUCCGUUGUACAGUAGUUCAGAUCUCCAACUUCCUCCGGGGGAUGUAAACACAGUAUUUCAUUUUACUCUUCCUCAUAUACUUAAUCGGAAAAAAAAUCAACUUUGGAUGGAAAGAUAUCCUGAUUCCCAGCACAUUUUCCUCAACUGCACAGAUUCAGAAUUAAUUUUCCAGAAUAAGUAUCGGGAAAUCUUAAGACAAAUUAGUCCUUCCCUGUUUCCUCCGAUGUUUCAUAAUCAAGAAGAUUCCCCACUCUCCAGAGCUAACUGCUUUCACCUAGACCCCUCCUUGUCCUCUAAUUCACCAUCAUCGUCCUCAACAACAUCCGCCUUAUCAGCCUCAAUUUCCUCGCGUUCAUCCGAAAAAUCAAGCUCAUCAGACUCCUCCGUUGCAGCCUCAAUAAACUUAUUACCAUCCUCUAAUUCUCCAUUGACGUCCCCAAUAUCAUCAUCAGGAUCCUUCAAUACUCCAAUAACGUCCCCAAUAUCAUCAUCAAAAUCUUUCAAUGCUCCAAUAACGUCCCCAAUAUCAUCAUCAGGAUCCUUCAAUGCUCCAAUAACGUCCCCAAUAUCAUCAGGAUCCUUCAAUACUCCAAUAACGUGCUCAACCUCCUCAGUUAGCUCAUCCUCCUCCAAAAUAUACAGAAAUAAUUUCAAUAUAAUCCAGGUAAAGAAGCUGUACAUAGUGAUGAGGCAGAGUUUCUAGUUCGUUUUUAAAAAA